AUGUCUCACGCCAGAGCAUCCAGUCGACACUAUUCUGACUAUGAACGGGCGCUCGAGAAAGCUGCUGAACGACCCAAAACAUCCCCACCUUCUUCGACCACUUCAUCUCGAACCUCCUCGGCCACGUCGUUGCAGCCAACCGCCCCAGUGGCCGAAUGGUGCCAUCAAAUGCACUUGAUCCAACAGCGAAAAUACGAUUGGUGUGCAAGCUGCUAUCCCAAGCCUCCGCCCGCUCCAAGCGCUAUCAGAAUCCCGUCACAGAAAGCACUGCAACAGUCAAGAAUGAGCAAUGAGCCUGGUCAUGCAUACCAGUAG